AUCAUGCCGCCGCUGCCGUUGUCUGUAGUUGUGGAGUUUCAUCCAGUGUCUGCGCGCGCUCACACUGGAGCCACGCACGCGAGGAGUUUAACAGUGACCCGGGUUUUCACACAUGGAUCAUAUGACGUGAUGUUUCCCACACACAUGCACGGAGCAACAGCUGGACACAAAGUAACAAAUGAAGCCAAAGACACUGAUGAAGUGUGACCAGAGAAGGUGUAGAAAAUGAAGUCUGCGCUCUCUGUCCCUGGGUUACAAAUCCGUGAUGUCCAGCACUGAAGCUCAAACCAUGCAAUCUCUUCACCCCAGUCAGGAAUAGACAGGUGAAGACUAAGAUGUGGCCUGUAGUCCAAACUUUUUAAACCCUUUCCAUUUCAUUAUUUUUUUUUGCCAUAUAACGAAAAAAAUGCCUUUGAAUAUCAGAGCCAAGCCGCCGCAGAGCAAACUGUCCACGGCCACGAAAAGCAGCGUCCAUGCAGACGCUACCUCGUCUCAUUCACGCUUCUCCAGGUCUCCUAAGCAGGUGAAAGGCAAACAGGCUUCAGCCUCAACACCAGGCUGCCGCUCAGGGCUGGAACCAGGAUCAGUGUUGGGAGGCGUUUCUGCUCCGGUGUCUAAUAAAACAUCAGAGAGUCCACAGCUGGUGUCACGGCCAGGUUCAAAGAGCAAACCUGUGGGGAAAAGAGUGGCUCAUGGUUCUGCCACAGCUCCUGGUGGUAAAACUCUGUCCAUGGAGAACAUCCAGUCCCUGAGUGCGGCCUACGCUACAUCAGGAACCAUGUACCCGAGCGAGCGGGAUUCCCUGGAACCCUCUGUCGGGUUCCCCAGAGGCACCAUGACCCUGGGCAGGAGCACCCGACGCUCCUCCUGCACUGGCCGCUCAACCAUGAUGGGCAGCAGCCCGAACAUCACCUCCUCUGGGCUGCAUCACUCGCCAGAUCCUUACGGGGACCAGAACUUUCUGUCAGCAAGGACGUCGAGUCUGCGGCGGCAGCCCGGGAGACACAUUCAGAUGCUGGACUCUGCUGGACAGGGAGAGGCAUCCACAUUCGAUCUCCAGGGUCAGCUGAGGGAGCUGCAGAGGGAGAAUGACAGUCUGAGGAGGGAGCUGGACGGAGGUAGGGACGGGAAGACCGGCGCCGGCACCAACAGCGUCAACUUCUGGUGUCCGGACAUAAAGAGGGAGAAGGGGACGAGGCGCGAAGAUGGAGCGAGGAAGGCAGCUCUGAAGGACCACAACAGAACAAACCACGAGGAUGUGCAGCACGAGGACCUGAGAAGAAACCAGCAGCUUCCGCUAACGGUGCAGGAGCUUCAGGAGGAGCUGAGAGCUCACAGGGACAUGAACGGUCGUCAGCAGCAGCAGCAGCAGCAGCAGCAACAGCAACAGCAGCAGCAGCAGCAGCAGCAGGGACACCCAGGCUCCUACCUGGACCUCCAUAUGGACCAGGACCACCACAGAGGCGUGGGCCACAGUCCCAGAGUCAGUCCGUCCAACACCUAUGAGCGCAGGCACCAGGACGCCGACGUCAUCAUCCACAGCCCGGGCUACGGCCGCAGCACCGCACUGACCUCGCAGAGACUCAGCCCGGCCAGCACGCUUCAGUCUGGACUCAGGCCCGGCCUCGCUCACACGGCUCCACCUGCAGUGGUGGCAGUGCCAGGCUCCGCCUCCCCGCGUCCCCGCAGCCCCUGCCAGGUUCCCGGCUGUGACGGCUUCUCCUCCUCGCCGUCUCCUCUCGUCCCGUCGGAGGAGAACUACGUGCGGCUGCAGUCGGAGCACGAGCGUCAGGCCACGGAGCUGCUGCUGCUGAGGAGGACCAUGGAGGAGAUGGAGAAGAGGAUCGACUCUCAGCGGCAGACGCUGGGCACACGCGACCAGAGCAUCCAGAGGCUGCUGGAGAUGCUCCAGGGUCAAGGUCAAGGUCAUGGUCAUGGUCAAGGUCAGCACAGGGGUCAUGGGCAGCGAGCUGGCGGCAUCAUCACAGCGGCGGCGCAGGAGGCCGAGGCACAGCUGGAGAACAUGCACGUGAGAGAGGAACUCCAUCGCCGCAGCCAGCUGCAGGCAGAGCCGGCCAAGACCCGGACUCUGCAGACCGUCAUUGAUAUGAAGAACACCAACCCCCCUUUCUGUUUUGACCCUGACGUUAUCUGGCAGGACACCAAAAUCUCCUCCCUGGAGAGGAACAUCCGAGACCUGGAGGACGAGGUCCAGAUGUUGAAGACCAGCGGUCUGCUGCAGCCCGACGACAGGCAGGACGAGCUCAAGCAGGUGGACGUCUACAAGAGUCAUUCCAAAUUCAUGAAGUCUAAGAUAGAGCAGCUGAAGCAGGAGCUGAACAGGAAGGAGUCGGAGAUGCAGGCGCUGCAGACCAAACUGGAGACGCUGACCAACCAGAACUCAGACUGUAAGCAGCACAUCGAGGUGCUCAAGGAGUCGCUCAGCGCCAAGGAGCAACGGGCCAGUACACUGCAGACAGAGGUGGAUGCUCUGCGAGUGCGUCUGGAGGAGAAGGAGCAGUUCCUGACGAAGAAGACCAAGCAGCUGCAGGACCUGACGGAUGAGAAGAGCACACUGACCGGAGAGAUCAGAGACAUGAAGGACAUGCUGGACGUCAAGGAGAGGAAGGUCAAUGUGCUGCAGAAGAAGAUUGAGAACCUGCUGGAGCAGUUGAAGGAUAAGGACAAACAGCUGGCUGGAAUGAGGGAGAGAGUUCAGGGCUUUCAAACCGACUCCAGUAACACAGACACAGCACUGGCCACGCUGGAGGAGGCUCUGUCCGAGAAGGAGCGAGUGAUUGAGAACCUCCGGGAGCAGAGGGAGCGGGAGGACAGGGUUCGGCUGGAGGAGUUGGACCAGCUGAGGAAGGAGAACCGCGAGCUGAAGGACAAACUGUCGCAGAUCCAGACCACAAACCACGGCCUGACCCCGAACCAGAGACCCGAUGGAGAGGUUCCAGCCAAAGUCAACGGUCCACCGGCAGUGAGUCCCACGAGCACAGAGGACGCAGUCAGGAAGUGUCCGGACAUCAACGACCGUCUGAGGCUUCUGGAGCAGGAGGUUUCCCGCUACAGAGAGGAGUCUGGGAGGUCGCAGGCCGAGGUGGAGAGGCUCAUGUCCGCUCUGAGGGACGCGGAGACGGACAAGAAAAUCCCUGACGUGGAGAGGCAAAUCAAGUCUCCAAACGUCCACAAGCACAUGGUUCCGGGGGACAUGAGGACAGACGUCCCGCCUGAUGGACAUCCACACUCUUUAUCACAGCUUCCUCCUCUCUUGGCUUCCCAGGAUGCCAUGCGGGAGACGGUGGAGCGGAUCAGGGACUUGGAGACGGCCCUGAGGGAGAGCAUGAACACAUCUGCCCACAGGGAGGCGCUGUGGGCGCAGGAGGAGGCCGCUCGCGUUCAGGCCCAGAGAGAGCUGGAGGACCUGAUGGGGGCGCUGGAGAAGACGCGACACGAGCUGGACGCCACCAAACUGCGUCUGACGUCCACUCAGCAGUCCCUGCGCGAGCGAGACGGACACCUGAGCAACAUGCGCCAGGAGAGACGGCAACAGCUGGGAGAGAUACUGGAGAUGAAGCAGCAGACGUUACUUGCAGCGAUCAGCGAGAAGGAUGCUAACAUUGCGCUGCUGGAGUUGUCCGCCUCCAAAAGGAAGAAAGCCCAAGAGGAAGUGAUGGCUCUGAAGAGGGAGAAGGACAGACUCAUGCACCAGCUCAAACAGCAGACUCAGAGCAGAAUGAAGCUGAUCGCUGAUCACCACGGCGACGAGCACGUCCCUCCUCCUCCGCAGCAUCACCCGCACCACGCUCACCACGCGUUGCAUCCAGCCAACGCACACCACCGCACCCUGCCGCGAGGCCACGCCCACUCCAACCACAGACCCCCCAUGGACCAGGAUGAUGAAGAGGGAAUUUGGGCAUGAUGAGCGCCCUCCACCAGACGCCUUCCUCCACUGCUCGGAGGUUCCUGCACCGAGCCUCAGCUGCAGGAGCCUCAGCUGCAGGAGCCUCAGCUGCAGGAGCCUCAGCUGCAGGAGCCUCAGCUGCAGGAGCCAGGGACCCCACGUCAUGACCGCCAGACACAAACAAACUCCAGGAGCCACAGUUUCACUGCGCUGUGGCCAAACUCAGCGUGGACUCGGUCAGACUUUUCUCUUCUUAAGUCAAGUUCACAUCACAUCAUUUUCAGCCGAUCUCCGUUAAUCACCACAUGAUUGACAGCUGCUCAAAGACCUAAUUUCUCUUUGUGGAAAGUGAUUUUUUUUUAAAUGAUGAAGUUAUAAAGUGAUUUUUGUUCACCUCUGUAAACACACACAUCAAGAAAAUCUGUGUUUUUAGCUCACAAAGACACACGAGCUGCUCAUUUAUUAAGUCUGUGUCACUGAAGUCAAAGGAUUAAAAUGGUUGAAGUUACAAAGUAACUUACAUGAACUUAGUGACGGAGGCAGCAGAGGGUCGAUCGUUGAUUUCCUCUCUGGUCUUUGGUGUGAGUGUUUUCACAAAGUGACACAAACUUCAGUUUCCUCUCAGAAAACAAGAAACAAAGAUGUAGGUGUGAAAUCUGCGUGCCUCCAUGUUUUCAUUACUCGUGUCACGUUCACGGUGGCCGGUCACUGUAGCACGAAGACUCCUCUGCAAAGGCACAUCGCGUUUACCAGCGACGUGAGCAAACGUGAGCUAACGUGAGCUGACGUGAGCGGUGGUCGUCUGACAGCUGCAGCCGGCUGUGAGUGAGCGUCAGUCAUCGCUCUGCAGCUUGAAGGUAUUGGCAGGCGCUCGACUGCCUCGACUUUCCGAGCUGUUUCCAAUCGACUAUAGGAGCUGGAUUCAUUUUACAGAACCACGGUGCUACAGAGUUCUGGCUCCACAUCAACCGACAAUAACCACUUUGGACUACCAGUGUGGCUGAGCCGAGCCCGUGGAACCAGCCGUAAACAUGUGCAGGCUCUGGACUGAUUUAUGAAGGCAUGAAUGUUCUUACUUCUGCAGCUAUUUUUCAUGAAGUUAAUCCUUUAUUUAACGAGGAAUUCCCUCAGGAUUGUUGGAGGCGGAGACUUUUGUAAAUAUCACAACACUGGACUUCAGAGAAGCCCGCAGAGACCUUCUUGAUGUACCGUGCCAAAGGAGAUGCUCCUGUGAAUCCUCUGAGAGGAGCAUCAAGACAAAAAGGGAAAGGAUCAGUUUACGCCUCAGAUCUCGUCGUUCUGUUUGUUUUCUGUGCCACUUUUCUUCAGCUGCGUGUGACUUAUGGUACUGAUAUUUAUUGAUUUACUGAUCCUGUGAAUCUGAAGUGACUUGCAUUUUAAUAGCGCCGUGUUGUUACUUCUUUUUUUUACCGUACAGGAGGCGGAGCUUAGGAGAUAAUUAUAUAUACUGUACAUUUUUGUUGUCGUCUGAUCGACUUUCCCACACGCGUGAACUUCAUUCUUACUUAUUUUGUGAGGUCAGCUGUUUACACAUCUACUGACUUUAAAGGACUCUAAAGGGAUAGUGCAAGGUUGUUUUUGCUGAGUCAGCUCAUAGAAUCUCUGCCAGCUUAACUCUACGAUAUGUUCAGCAUGUGUUUGCUGCUUUACCUCGUCAUUAGUCAGCUUUUUCUGCACUCACUCUCCCACACCAAACCCCAUAGAGAAAACCUUCGUUUUUAGCUCAAAGGAAAACGGGAGCUGCUGCUCUGCUGCUGCCUUGUUUGGUAAGUUUGUGUCACUGAGGUAAAUCUGAACUAAACAUGUGAACGCAUCGAUCAGGGCAGCAGUUGAUCAACCACUCCUCUGCUCCCUCUACAGGCUUUGGUGAUGAAGGGAGUCAGUGGUUUACAAAGCGACAUAAACUUAGCAAAUGAAAAUGUGUCCAUGUCAAACAACCACACUUCUAAAAGCUUUGAUAGUUUAGACACACGUGGAUAAACAGUGUCCUCACAACACUGUAAAAAAAGCUACAGCAUCUCUCUUGACUUUUGGCGUCAAAGUGGUGUUGAGCUGCUGCGCGGUGGCCGUCUCGCUUCAUUACACGCCGCCUCGCUGUGAGAAAUUAGCCUUUAAAUGCAUGAAAACAAAGUGAAUAUUGGUGAUACGUCCAAAACGAUUAUAAUCUGGAGGAAAACUUUGUUUCCUGACGAAGCAGAAUUCAGAACGCGCUUCGGUUUUGUGAGAACGUCAUGUUUUUUUCCAUCGGGCCCUGACUUCUUUAGUUUUUGUACACUGUGUGAAUGUGUGUGUGUGUGAGUGGGUCACACACCCACACCUUUGACCCGUUGCUCAGUGUUUUGCGGUGUCUCUGUUGUUUGAAUAAAACGUGUUUUCACGA